AUGGCGAUGAUAGCAUUGACAGGGAUCUGCCCCAGGUUCCUCUAUAGUCCGCUCGAACAUAAUUCCGAGCCACUAUCCACCUGGGAGGAGUUGCAAGGUGCUCAAUCACCGAACAAUGUUGCGGAUACAGACCCAUCUUCGUGGGGUCAGGAUGCUCUGUGGGGAACUCGACCCGGCAUGGUGCCGAGAAUGCAGAACGUUGCAACGUCUGCGAACGGAGACUCCAAGCGCUACUGGGGUUGGUGUUGGACUUGGCAGUAA